AUGUCGGCAGUUUGGUUACCAAGAAAGUGCGUCAAAACUACUACUGAUAGAAUCAGCAACUUGCCUCAAAAUGUAACACAACAGAUCCUAGAAUGCUUACCUCUGGAAGAGGCAGCAAGAAUGAGCAUCCUAUCUAGUCAUUGGAGGCAAAAAUGGUGUUCGAUUUCACAGCUUAUACUUGAUAAGAGAUUUUUUUCUAGCAUCCGGAAGCCUAAACCCAGAACUGCUGACAUUUCAUUGGCAUACUCAAAAACUGUCAAUGAUAUUCUACUCAGUCAUGUUGGCCCAAUACGGAAGUUUGUUCUUUACGUUCCUGCUUGGUUUCCAAAAGAAACAGACUUGUGCCAAUGGAUACGGUAUGUUCGAGCUCAUGGUGUUCAGGAUUUCACUCUAGUGGAUGAUCGGGGUCCAGAAAAGAACUUGCCUACUAGUUUGUUCUCUUGUGUGGGCUUGGCACAUUUGACAAUUGGGGGAUGCAAACUGCUUUCUCUUCCUCCAACAUUUAAAGGCUUUCCAAGCCUUAUUAGUCUAAAGAUGAGGUUCAGUUUUUAUUUUGCAAGCACUCGUGUAGCAGUCAAAGUUUUGGAAACUCUUAUUUCCAAAUGCCCACAACUUCAAAGCCUCUACUUGUUUAUCAUCGAGCCACGAAUUAAUUUGACUAUUCAUGCUUUAAAUAUGAAGGACCUAUGUCUGAAAGGCCUGGUUUCUGAAUUAUAUCUGAAAGGAGCCAAAGUGUUAACCUCACUGACCCUGGAUAUUCAUAUUUGUGAACAGAAUAGACAAAUGAAUGAGAUCUUCACUUGCUUGACUAAUGUUGAGAAGCUUGCUCUAAGCAACAGCUUUUGGAAGAGUAUUGAAAGGUAUGAAUUUCCCACGCAAUUUCCAAGGGAAUUGGAACGGCUGCAAAUUCUCAAACUAGAAGAAAUACCACUUUAUUAUCAGCCAGCAAUCUCUCUUGCUCUUUGCUUAUUGGUGAGCUCCCCUCACUUAGAGCAACUAUACAUCAAAGCAUCAAAACAGAGGGAAGUCUCUGAUCAGCCUUUAAUUCAGAUUGAAAAUUCUUGCAUCCUUCCUUGCCUUAAAAAUGUACAACUUUUUGGUAUCUGUGGGCUGAGAGGUGAAUUACAGCUUAUAAAGUAUCUACUAGCAUUUUCUCCUUCACUGGAGGAAAUGACCAUAGAACUCAGUAAGAAAAUGGGAGGAGCUGUUGAAAAGUUUAGUUUUGCCAUGGAGACCACGAGAUAUCGUCGAGCCUCAGCAGAUGUCGAGGUUAUUAUCAUCACAGAGAAAGUUCGUUUAUAGACUUUAUCGUAACCAUCACUGACGUAUUGUAUUGAAGGAGGACAAGCCCUAAAAUGGU